CACAGCAUAGUCUAAAUCGAAAUGCAGAUCACAAAGGCCUUCCUACUGCUGGGUUCUCUCCUGCUCUUGGGUCCCAGUGUAAACGGACUUAGUCUCAAUGGAUUAUUCUAUUGUGCACAGGUUGCGGUUGAAGGAGUUACUUCCCUCUCUACCCAGGCUAUACCUAUACUGAAGGAAUCAAUACAGUGUAUUAACUUCGUUCCGCAGAAGACCAAGGAUCUGGAUGCGGAAUAUACGGUUUUGAUCGCCUACCAAUUCCUUCAAAAGUUCGUUGGAAACAAGCAGUGCGUGGAGGCUUUGAUCGAAAGGGUUAAAGGCGUUAUACAACCAGCUUUUCACAAUUUGUUUGAUAAACAAUGUAUUCCAGCAUUUCUUUCGUAGAAAAAUGUACCUAAAAACGUUUAAAUCUCAUACAUAAAGCAAUGCCCAAGACUCUAAGA